AUGGCGGGGACGGCACGCCACGACCGAGAGAUGGCGAUCCAGGCCAAGCAGAAACUCACCACGGCCACUGACCCCAUCGAAAGGCUCCGCCUGCAGUGCCUAGCCAGGGCCUCCGCGGGCAUCAAAGGGCUUGGCAGAGUGUUUCGAAUUAGGGAUGACAAUAACAACAGAACCCUUGAUUUCAAAGAAUUUGUGAAAGGGUUAAAUGAUUAUGCUGUGGUCAUGGAAAAGGAAGAGGCAGAAGAGCUUUUCCAGAGGUCUGAUAAAGAUGGAAAUGGAACAAUAGACUUUAAUGGAUUUCUUCUCGCAUUAAGACCUCCAAUGUCCAGAGCCAGAAAAGAGGUAAUUACGCAAGCUUUUAGAAAGUUAGACAAGACUGGAGAUGGCGUGAUAACCAUUGAAGACCUUCGUGAGGUGUACAGUGCAAAACACCACCCGAAGUACCGAAACGGAGAAUGGACAGAGGAGCAAGUGUUCCGGAAAUUUCUGGAUAACUUUGACUCACCCUAUGACAAAGAUGGAGUGGUGACCCCCGAGGAGUUUAUGAACUACUAUGCCGGGGUGAGCGCUUCCACGGACACCGAUGUGUAUUUCAUCAUCAUGAUGAGAACUGCCUGGAAGCUCUAA